CUCGCCACCAGUCUGGCUGCCGCUCUCUACGCUGCUUUCUGUCUUCAGGAAUCGGUGAAGCAGCGGAAACCAGCCAAGCUGUUCACACUCCAUCAUUACAAGGCCGUCUACAGGCUGUACACAGCCCCGGAACACUCUAGCUGCAGGCGGAAGCUCGCUCUUUACUCCCUGGCUUUCUUUCUUCUUGUCACAGUACAUUUUGGAACCAAGGACCUCUUUGUUUUGUACGAGCUUGGCUCCCCUCUCUGCUGGGCUGCAGACCUCAUUGGGUACGGCUCAGCCGCCAGCUACCUGGCUUACCUGAGCAGCCUGGGAGGGCUGCGGCUGCUGCAGCUCUGCCUUGGAGACACCUUGGUGGCCGAGAUAGGACUGAUCUCCAAUAUUGCUGGACUGGUUGUGAUUUCUCUUGCUGCUACAACACCACUGAUGUUUACAGGUUAUGGGAUUCUGUUCCUUUCCAUGGCAGCCACUCCAGUCAUCAGAGCCAAGCUCUCCAAGCUGGUCAGCGAGACCGAACAGGGUGCUCUCUUUGCUUCUGUUGCCUGUGUGGAAGGGCUGUGUUCGCUUGUGGCUGCAGGAGUGUUCAACUCUCUCUAUCCUGCCAGCUUGCACUUCAUGAGGGGAUUCCCGUUCCUCUUCGGGGCUAUAAUUCUUCUUAUUCCGGCAGCUAUUAUUGGGUGGAUAGAGAUCUGGGACUCAAACCAUGACUACAGUCACUUCUCAGAUGCUUCAAUAACCCCCGCAAAUGGCUGAGCAGGAGCUUAGCAACAAGGAAUUGGCCAGCUCAGCAGCGUCCAUCUGAAGACUGCUCUUUAUUCUUCCCUUGAAGGACAGAUUAAGUGUUGGAGGGAUACC